CCGCCAAAACACCAGAGGAACGUGUCAGUAUUUUGAUAUCAUUGUACCCAUGUGGAGAAAGUAGCCGAAGAAGAAAAAGCCCCCUCAGCUGAGGAAAAUGGCCGACGUUGAGAUGGAGAUCUCGUCCAGGAGAAUGAAUAAUGGCAACGAGCACGUGAAGCAAGAUCUGGAAAGCCAUGAACGAAGUGGAAAUGAGGACAGCGGCGACAUAUCUGAAGAGGAGGAGGAGGAGGUAGGGCUUGACAAUGAGGAGGCUGAAACUAAUGGCGAGAAGACAGAGGAGGGGUCCAAACAUCACAGCAGUAGCGGUAAACACAAGCGGAAAAAACACAAGCAUCGCAGUAAGCACAAAAAGCACAAACAUGCCUCUGAUGAGGACAAGGACCGCAAACGCAAGCAUCGUCACAAACAUAGGAAACACAAACGCAAAGAGGGCUCCUCUCCCUCUGCCGCUGUCCUCUUUGGCUCCUCUACUCAUAGAAAAGUUGAAUCUUCUCCUUCUUCUGGAAAUCCAAGUCUGGAUGACAGGGCCUUGCUGGAGGAUUUGGAGAAACAGAGGGCCAUGAUCAAAGCUGAACUUGACAGCCAGUUGAUGGAGGGAAAAGUUCAGUCUGGCAUGGGUUUGAUCCUUCAGGGGUAUAACUCUGGAUCUGAAGAGGAUGGAGAUGCAAGGUUCAGAAAUGGAGAACCACGACAAAGGGGCAGCUCAGGUAAACCUAUAUCACCCAGAGGAAAAAGUGGCAAAUCUAGACGGGACUCAACAGAGGGCAGUAAGUCUAGCUCCAAACGCCGUAGUCGGAGUAAGUCUGCAGACAAGCUAGCCAAGGAGUCUAAGCAGGACAAGGUGACCAAAAGCACCAAGGACACAGGUGUAAAAGACAGAGGGCGAGGAAGGAGCAGGUCAAAAGACAGGAAGGGUUCACACAGCACUGAUAGGUCCAAGGAGAGAAGGAAGUCCAACUCUCCUUCCAGCUUCAGGGGAGAGCAGAAAGUCGGCCGCACUGAAAAACGGUCCUCUCCGCAGCGGGAUGACAGACCCAACCAGGAAAGAGUGAGCCGACGGUCCAGAUCGCCUGGACGAGAACGGCCAAGUCGCUCAGACGCUGACCGGGACAAACGGCCAGCCAAGUCACCAUCCAAGGACACUUCUUUAGGAAAGGAAAACCGCUCCCCUCAUAGACGAGGGGCUCACAGCCCUGCAAGGAAACGCAGUGCUUCCCCUCGCCAUAGAGAUGCCCGCUACCCUUCGGCUAGUGCCUCAGAAAGGAUAUCAAAACAGAGCCACUCUCCAUCCAGAACUAGGUUCUCGCCCCAGAGACGCCGUAGCCGCUCACUAGAGGUCAGGAGGCGAGAUGCUGAGAGACAGGAGUCACCACUGAGGAAGCGCUCUCGGGCAGAUGUUGGACCAGGCAGAGACCGAUCGCGUGAUACCAGUCCGAGAUCAUCGUCUCGCCGCAGGAUGAGUCGCUCGCCUCUAAGACGACGGUCCCCAUCGCCGCGCCGCCGCUCCCGCUCUUCCCCCCGCAGACGGAGCAGGUCUCCACUGAGACGGAGGUCUGGGGAGAGAGACCGAUAUGGUCGACUCCGACAGUAUCGACGCUCAAUGUCCCGCGAUCGGGAAAGAAGACGACGCAACAGAGAUGAAGACAAGUUCAAGGGAAGUCUCUCAGAAGGCAUGAAAGUCGACCAGGAGUCCUCAGAGGAAGAAGUUUUGGAGGAUUUUGAUGGUGAGGAGAUAGAUGAAGAAGCUCUCAUUGAGCAGCGCCGCCAACAGCGCAUGGCCAUCGUCCGGAAGUACAAAAUCGUGAACGAGGACACCAAUCAGACGUCAGAGCCCAGCAGCCCCCAGAGCAGCACGCGUAGCCGUUCGCCCUCACCCGAUGACAUCUUGGAGCGAGUAGCCGCAGACGUGAAGGAGUACGAGCGCGAGAACGUUAACACCUUCGAGGCCAGCAUCAAAGCCAAGCACAACCUCAUCGCCCAGGAGAAAGAUGGAUCUAACCCGAAGAAGCCUUCAGCUCCAGACAUGUUUACCGAGUCAGAUGACAUGUUUGCUGCAGACUUUGACAGUGCCAGGAUGAGAGCAGCAGGUGUAGGAAAGGACUUCAAGGAGAACCCCAACCUCAGGGACAACUGGACUGAUGCUGAGGGUUACUACCGAGUGAACAUCGGGGAGACGCUGGACAAACGUUACGACGUGUAUGGCUACACUGGACAAGGUGUGUUCAGCAAUGUGAUCAGAGCCAGAGACACUGCCAGAGCCGGCCAGGAGGUGGCAAUCAAGAUCAUCCGAAACAACGAGCUCAUGCACAAGACCGGAUUAAAAGAGCUGGAAUUCCUCAAGAAGCUGAAUGACGCUGAUCCCGAUGACAAGUUCCACUGCCUGCGCCUUUUCAGGCACUUUUACCACAAGCAGCAUCUUUGUUUGGUGUUUGAGCCUCUAAGCAUGAAUUUGCGAGAGGUGCUGAAGAAGUACGGUAAAGAUGUUGGGCUUCACAUCAAAGCUGUGCGUUCCUACAGCCAGCAGCUCUUCUUGGCUCUCAAGCUGCUCAAGCGAUGCAACAUCCUCCACGCUGACAUCAAGCCGGAUAAUAUCCUGGUGAACGAGUCAAAGACCAUCCUGAAGCUGUGUGACUUUGGUUCGGCGUCACAUGUUGCUGACAAUGACAUCACACCAUAUCUGGUCAGCAGAUUUUACAGGGCUCCAGAAAUUAUCAUAGGAAAGCCGUACGACUAUGGCAUCGACAUGUGGUCCGUCGGCUGCACUCUGUACGAGCUUUACACAGGCAAAAUCCUGCUUCCUGGAUCUUCCAACAAUCACAUGCUCAAGCUGGCUAUGGACCUCAAGGGCAAGAUGCCCAACAAGAUGAUCCGUAAAGGAUUGUUCAAAGACCAGCACUUCGAUCAGAAUUUGAACUUCUUGUACAUUGAAGUAGACAAAGUGACUGAAAGGGAGAAGGUGACAGUGAUGAGCACCAUCAACCCCACCAAAGACCUGCUGGCAGACAUGAUAGGAGGCCAGCGGCUGCCUGAGGACCAGAGGAAGAAGGUAAUGCAGCUGAAGGACCUGCUGGAUGGAACGGUGAUGCUGGACCCAGCCAAGCGCAUCAGUAUCAACCAGGCUCUGCAGCACCCCUUUAUCCAGGAGAAGAUCUGAAACGCUGAACACCACACACUCCCAGAGCAACACAGACAGAGCCAACCACUAAACCUGCUCUGACAGGAACUCUGCAGUGAGGCAGCCAACUCACAGACUUCUGUUCAGAAUGUCAUGGAUCUUUUUUUUUCGUCCUCAGCUUCAUUUUGUUUAUGGAUGCAUAAUUGUGUUUUAUUGUAAAUAGAUCAUUGAAAUGGUAGCCAUUCUUGAAAACAUAGUUUUUUGUUUUUUUUUUCUCAAUUGUCACUGUAAACUUUUCCCUGAUAUCCAAUGAGUUACAGUUUCUUUUUUUAAUUUAACUGGCAUCGGAGAAACAGAUGUUUAAAAGAAAAAUAUGAUUCCUGUAAAUACUGUGUAUGUCUAUUGCAUUAACAAUCUCGAGCAGCAGACAGUUGAAUUUUGUCGUAGUUGCAGACGUCCUAACAUAAACACACCUUUCCUCUUUUAUAACCACAUUGCUCAUUGUGGGGCGAUGCAUGCUUUUGAAUGUGCACCCUUUGUGCUAUAGAUUUGCGUGGUGCAGGCCUGUAAAAAUGCUCUGUAUGUGCAUCAGUGUCCCACAUGUGACGACGACAACCUCCCCGCUCCACCACUAACCAGUCCUCGGGUCUCGAGGUCUGAGCUGAAGGAAUAGAUGCAUAUUAUGGACUCCUUACAAAAAGUUUUUGUUUUGUUUUUUCUUAAUUUUUAAAGCAGGUAGUCAUUGUUUUCUGUUGCCGGUCGAUUCCAUUUUUAACCUUCCUCUCCCUCCAGCACUCUGGCUAGGUCGUGGCUCUUAAGGCUCUCACAUUCAAGUGCCUCCUGUACGAGCCUAGUGUGUUAAAACACCAAACAAUGCUGGCCGAUUGAAGCCAACCCCACCUCUCUUCCACUGUUGUGUAUAUAUAGUCCAUAGUUACUGUCAUUUCAUGUAUGAUUUGUUUUGUUUCAAGUAAGUGGUUAAAAAAAAAAAAUCUUGUGAUUUCAAUAAAGAAUAGUUGUGGAAACGCUGCUGAAAGAGCACCUUCAGUAUAAGAAGUUUUUAGUAAUAAAAUGUUUCCUAUUGUAUACCAAA